UCUGUUUGUCGUCUUGAGGCUGCGGGGCGGAAGCAGCAAUGACACCACCCCAUCUUCCUUGAAGACGCUCCCCGAAGACGUGGAGAGCACCGAAGAACCUGACAUGAUCAGCUGGGAGGACGACCCCAACACCCCCCGGGCCAGGAUGUCCUGUGGACACGCCAUCACGCCAGAGACUCUCUACAUCUACUGCCAGAGCCUUCUGAGUGCAGGGAAGUACAUCUUCCAGUGCCCCUACAUCAGCGAGAGAACCGGAGACCACUGUGGUGAGGAGUGGUCCUACAUCGACGUCCGUCGCCUCGCCGAUCUCUCUCAGGACGAUCAGAAGCGGUUCGAGACCAUGAUCUCCCAAAACUACCUCCGCAGGGGGAGGGGCAUCCAGGAGUGCCCCCGGUGUAAGUCCUACUGCGAGCGGAUGAGUAAUGUUUGCAGGCGGGUGGUGUGUCCGCUGUGUACGGUACGGGACGGACAGGAGUACCACUUCUGCUGGUACUGUCUGCACAGUUGGGACACGCCGGGUAACAGCUACUGCGGCAACCAUGACUGCAGGGGUGAGGACAGACGACUGGAGAUCCUCCGUACCUGCAGCAGGAAGACCAUCGUGGGCGUACCGGGCUGUCCUGCCAUCAGGGCCUGUCUGACAUGUGGUAUGCUCAUCGAACAUGACAGGGCCUGCAAACAUAUGACGUGCAUCUGUGAGGAGAAGUUCUGUUUCAUCUGCCUGACGCCUGCCAUCCUCGGUAACUACCAGUGCGGCACUUUCAACAGUCCGUGUGAGGUCGCCGACGUGCAGACAGCUAUUCCCGGGGACGACUGAGUGAGAUGUCCGAGGAACACAGUCCGCGCUUACGUUCUGUGAGGGCCAAUUUACACGGGGAAAAAGCAUUUGUCCUACGACCAUCAACGCGCGGCGCGUAGGACAGAUUGAGCGUGUAAACAGGCCCGCCACCGACA